UGUAUUUACAGGUUUUAACAUGGCCUUCGGGAACAGGUGUUUUUAGAAUUUGGUAUAAUAGUCUUUCUUGAUUAUUUGAAGUUAAGAUGCUUUACGGAUCGUUAUUUUAUGUUCUAGUACCGUUAUGCUUAGCAGCAUCAAUUACCUUGUACGGUGUCCUGGAUCGUGCGAAAGUGGAGCUGGGAUUCGAGCAUUAUACAGAAAAAGCUGACCCCAAUUCGAUGCUAAAAAUGCCGGCGAACGCUCUUGUCAACUUUGGAUACUUAAUUUUGGGAAUCUACUGGAUUCUAGUUACGAAAAAGACUCAGCAAAAACUCAAAGAAGAAGCAUUCUUUUAUUAUGUGUUCUCUUGGCUGGCUGUAUUUUACAGUGCUGUCCAGUUUGGUAGAAUCGUAACUCAAACCCGUGUUUUCGCCAUUUUGGACCAGUGGUUGACUUUACCAUUCUUUGCGUGGGUUGUGUGCUGGAAUGAGUAUGUUUACCGGGAUUACCUUUGGCAGUCGAGUAGGUUCAUGUUCAUUAUGAGGCUUUCUAUACUUAGCUAUGCUGCUGCUCUGUUUCACGACCAGGGAUUCGAAUUUUCUCUCGGGCUUCACAUCCUUGCCGCUGUGGCAUACUCCGUCCGGACACAAACUCGCAUUGGUAACAAGACAUCGCUCAAAUACUUUGUAUAUGCCUGUGUUUCAUGCUCAGGAUUUGUCUUUCUUAAACUUGCAGAUCACUACUUAGGACAGUUUGACAUUUUCCAGAGAUUUUCUGGACAUUUCUGGUCCAAGAUCGCUGACAUUGGACAGAUCUAUUGUGUUCUCAAGUAUUUUCAAAGUCUGCGAUGUUUGGAAAAAGAGAAAAAGAAACUGAAUAUUGGAAAUGUGAACAAGUUAGUAAAAAAGAGGAAAUAAUAUAAAAACUGGUUUUAGUACAUUGUAGAAGUAAAGUUUAGACAGUUACUAUUAGGGAGGGACCAUAAAAAAGAGCAUUAUUUAAGCAGAGUAAAUUCUUGCAAUAGAAAAUGUAUUUUCUUCCUUGUAAAAAAAAAAGUGCAUGAAAGAUUGCCCAUUCCCUUAAAUGAGGCCAUAAUGUUAGUAGUCUUGGUUCUCAAGAGCAUACAGGUGGUUAUUAUCUUUAAUUUAUUUUUUAUGCUUUUUAUUCCAGAAUUUAAGGCUUUAAAGCUAUACUGCAGCAUAAAGACGUAUACUCACUAAGGAAAUAUGUAUGCCAACAAUAGAAUGUGUGCAAUAACAUUUUUCCCACAUAAAAAAUAGCUCAUACAAUUCUAUA